AUGGGCAGCAGCGACCACCACGGCGGCGGAGCCGGCGCCGGCGCCUGUAACAAGAGGUCCCGAAAAGCCAGCAGCUUUGCGGACGACGAUGACGACGACAAGGGCGAGACGAGCCGCCGCCGCAAGAUCUGCGAAGGUACCCCUACCUCCGGCGGCCGCCACGACGGAGAGAGCGGCGACGCUUGCGGAGGGCAUGCUCAGGCAGCGCCUCACCGCUCCGGCUCCAGCGCCGGCGAGGAGGAUUACAUGUGCGAGUACGACGACUGCGACGACGACGACGGCGCUGGCGAGGAGGAUUACAUCUACGAGUACGACGACGACGGCGGCGAAGGAGAAGGAGCUGAGCAGGCACAGGACGACACCCCUGCGGCGGCGCGCGCCAGGGAGGAGCAGAGGUACGUGGUUCUAACCGAGGAGGACAUCCGCGCGCGGCAAGAGGCGGACACGGCCAAGGUCGCCGAGGUGCUGUCGAUCCCGCCGGGGUUCGCGGCCGUCCUGCUCCGCCACUUCAAGUGGCGCGUGGAGCGGGUCCAGGAGGAGUGGUUCACGGACGACCGGCGCGUGCGCGGCGCCGUCGGCCUGCCCCCGGAGCUCGUCCCCUCGGCGCGCGGCGCGGGGCCACGCGUCGUUUGCGGCAUCUGCUUCGACGAGUACCCGGCCGGGCGGACGGCGUCGGCGGGGUGCGAACACUACUACUGCGACGGGUGCUGGCGCGGGUACGUCCGCGCCGCGGUGGGCGACGGUCCGCGGUGCCUGUCGCUGCGGUGCCCGGACCCGUUCUGCUCGGCGCCCGUCGUCCGGGAGCUCGUGGACGAGGUGCUGUCGGCGGUGGGGGGGAGCGCGGACGACGACGGGGUCCGGUACGCGCGGUUCUGGCUCCGGUCGUACGUGGAGGAGAGCGGGGGGAAGGUGCGGUGGUGCGGCGGCGCCGGGUGCGCCCGCGCCCUGGAGUUCCUCGGCGACGCCGCGGCGGCGGACAAGGACGUGUUCUGCGAGUGCGGGCACGGGGUCUGCUGGGCUUGCGGCGAGGAGGCGCACCGGCCGGUGUCGUGCGGCACGGUGCGCGCGUGGCUGGUGAAGAACAGCUCCGACUCGGCGGAGACGGCCAACUGGGUGGUGGCGCACACCAAGGCGUGCCCCAAGUGCGGGCGGCCCAUCGAGAAGAACCAGGGCUGCAACCACAUGCGCUGCUCGCCGCCGUGCGGCCACCACUUCUGCUGGCUCUGCCUGCAGCCGGCGGGAGGGGCCGACCACUACGCCUGCAACGACAGCCGCCCGCGGCGCUCCGGCGCCGACGCCGACGACGACAUGGCCGCGGCGGCGGCGAGCACCGCCAGCGCGGAGGAGGAGCGGUUGAAGCGGCGGCGCGCCAGGGCGUCGCUGGAGCGGUACCUGUACCACUACGAGCGGUGGGCGUCGAACCGGGCGGCGCUGGAGAGCGUGGCGCGGGACACGGCGGCGCUGGAGCGCGGGGAGCUGGAGCGGAUGGCGAGGGCGGCGGACGUCCCGGCCACGGCGCUCGGGUUCGUGUCGGAGGCGUACCGGCAGGUGGCGGACGGGCGGCGCGUCCUGCGGUGGGCGCACGCGUACGGCUACUUCCUGGACCCGGAGCGCGACGCGGCCAAGCGCGCGCUGUUCGACGACCUGCAGAACCAGGCCAACCGCUGGCUCGAGUGCCUCCACGCCGCCGCCGAGCUCGAGAGGAAGGACCUCUUCGGCGACGGCAAGGGCAAGGAGGCGGCCGUUGUUGUUGCGGCCGAGGCGUUCAGGGCGUACAGGCAGAAGGUGGCCAACCUCACCGGAGUGACGCGCAAGUUCUUGGGCAACCUCGUCAGGGCGUUCGAGACCGACCUGCCGGAAGUGGCGGCGGCGGCCAAAUCCGGCGAUGUAGGUAGCCGUAGGUAG